UUUUUCUGUUCAGCCGUAAUUAGUACUUAUAAAGAUUUGUUAAAAGAAAUUCUUCCAAAUGUCUGCCAGAUUUUCAUCUUAUGGAAAUUUUGGAACAUAUUUUACAAAUAAUAGUGAUCCACUAAGCAUGUCGGCAACACGUUGGGGUAUUGUAUCUGCGGGCAAAAUAAGUCAUGACUUUUGUGUUGCCCUAAGCACUUUGUCUUUUGAUGAACACAAAAUCGUAGCCGUCGCGGCAAGGGAUAGGGCUCGUGCUGAGGAAUUCGCUAAGAAACACAAAAUACCAAAUGCGUUUGGAACUUAUACAGAAUUAGCGGAUUUUAAGGACGUUGAUGUGGUUUAUAUUGGUGCAUUGAAUCCACAGCAUUAUGAAAUUGGUAUGCUUAUGUUGGAACAUGGAAAACACGUUCUAUGCGAGAAACCUUUGUGCCUAAAUUUAUACCAAGCUAAGAAUCUUAUACAGUAUGCCGAAAGGAAAAAACUUUUCUUGAUGGAAGCGGUUUGGUCUCGAUUCUUCCCUGCCUAUCAAUAUUUGCGUAAACAAAUACAAACUGGAAUGUUGGGUGAAAUUCAAGAAGUAGAAGUAUCAUUUGGAUUUUCCUUGAUUAACGUAGAUCGCUUAAGCAAAAAUGAUUUAGGCGGUGGGGUCAUAUUGGAUUUGGGCAUUUAUGCUAUACAAGUAUCACAAUGGGCUUUUCAAGAACCACCAGUAAAGAUCGUAGCUAACGGCGAAGUAAAUACUGAGGGUGUUGACAUCGCAGUAAAUGCUGAAUUACAUUACACACGCAAUCGUAUAUCAAAAAUUUCGUUGAGCGGAAAGAAACAGUUGGAUAAUAAAGCUAUUAUAAAAGGUACCAAAGGUGAAAUAACUUUAAUUAAUUUUUGGUGUCCCAUUAAGAUCAUCGAUAUUGAUGGAAAGGAACGUGAAUGGGUAUUGCCACAAGGCUCACAUCCAACUAAUUUUUUGAAUUCUGAAGGUUUGAGAUAUGAAGCGGAGGCAGUGCGUCAGGCUUUAAUUAAUGGUAAAAUAGAAAAUGAAACUGUUUCACAUAAUGACAGCUUGUUAUUUGCUCGCAUUGAAGACGAAAUAAGGCAACAAGUUGGUGUGGUUUAUAACGAUGAAAAAGUUAAUUGAAAUGUCUUUUGUUAUAUGUCUUCAGUUUUUUUUUAACUUCUUUUGUGAAACUAUCUUAACGUUUCCUUUAUUAAAUACAAAUAUUGUGAUCACAUUUAAAAAAAAAACCCUUUGAGAAAAUGUUUAUAAGAUCUUAUUGUUUUUAUGUAUGCAAUGAUUUUUAACUAUUAUUAUAGUUAAAAAUAUUUUUACAAUGUAUAAGUCGCUUAAUUUGUGAGCUUAAAACAAUAUAUCUUAACGAUUUUUAUGUAUUUUAUUAUUAAAUAUAUGUGCACUGUGUAAAAUUUUAUAAAAUUGAUGUUUAAAAUUUUAAUAAAAUUGUAAUUGUAAACAUUGUAAUUGUUAAACUUUAUGUAAAUAAUAAAAAUUAAAAAAUG